GGCUAGGCAAUGAGACACUGCCCACAUCAGAGAGUGACACUCCAUAGAAAUCAAGCUUCAAGUCGACAAUGGUUUUGCUGAUGAAGAGAGAUGGAGGGAUUGUAUCAAAAUUAAGUGCAAGAUUCCGGAUAUUACGGUCGAUGGCAGUUCUGACAUUGAGAGUAAAAGUAUCCAUUGUUUUUGCCUUGUGCCGCAAUAGAACCCUAUGGAUGAUGUCUGAGAAGUCCAAACAGGGUACAUGGGCCCAUAGAAACCUCCAUCUUUUUCCGAGAACACUUGUCGCCACUGAGAACUUUGUCUCGAGAAAAGAGAGAAUGUGGCAUAUGACGACAUCUGGCAAGCUGCUGAGCCUAUCGAUCGAAGCCAUGUUUUGCUCUCCAUCCGAAAACUUUAGGCGCUUUCCACCUGAUUGUUUGGUUUUCUCCAUUUCUGACAAAGGGUACCUGAUUCUUACAACUACAACCAAGGGAGUAGCAGUUAAUUCUAAGUCUAACGUGAAGAAGAUGAGGAGACAAAAAUGA